CUUGUUGGAACCAUUGCCAAAGGCGCUUUUGGAAGAGUGUUCAAAGUUUUGAAGGUUGAUAAUGAUGAAGUUUACGCUAUGAAAGUCCUAUCCAAAGCUAGGAUAAUAUCUGAAAAUGCGAUACAACAAGUGAAAGAUGAAGUACGGAUACAAUCCAUGUGCGGGCAUAAUCCUUUCAUCGUCAACUGUCCUUAUUUCUGGCAAACCAGGAAGAAAUUAUUUAUAGUUAGUAACUUUGUAAGCGGUGGAGAACUUCUAUCUCUUUGUCAAGUGUACGGCUCGUUACCAGAAGAACUUGUCGCUAUUUAUGUUGCCGAAAUAGCAUUAGCUUUAGAUUUUUUACACAAUUCGGGUGUUAUUUAUCGAGAUUUGAAGCUGGAAAAUGUUCUUCUAGACGAAGAGGGCCAUACUCAACUCAUUGACUUUGGUCUGGCAAAAUGGCUACCCUACAAUAAGAGGACUUCAACAAUAUGUGGAACUCUUCAAUAUAUGGCUCCUGAAAUCCUGAGCGUUGAGAACGGAUACAGCCACGCUGUGGACUGGUGGUCUUUGGGUGUUCUUGCCUGUGUGCUGAUUACUUCAAAG